AUGUCCCACGCCUACGCCAUGACGGGAGCCUCUUCUGCCCACCCCUACUACCCCCUUGGAGCCAACAUCGUCGGCUAUUCGCCCAACCAAACCUCCGUCCUUGAGCUACUCGUCACGGCCGGUGGAGGCUGCGCGGGCCUUCUCGGAUUGACCUUCGCCGUGGCCAGUUAUGUGCGACCAACGCUGUGUAUGGCCGAUCGGAUCUGCAUCUUGUGGUUCGUGCUCUCUGGCACCCUCCACUGCUUUUUCGAGGGCUACUUCAUGGUUCACCAUGAGCAUAUGGCGUCGGCGCAGGACUUGUUCGGGCAGCUGUGGAAGGAGUAUGCACUUUCAGACUCGCGGUACAUGACCUCAGACACGCUGGUGCUGUGCAUGGAGACGAUGACCGUGUUGCUGUGGGGACCUUUAUGCUUCGCUGUUGCAUAUCUGACCGCAACUCGGCAUUCCUUGCGCCACCCGAUCCAAAUGAUUGUGUGCAUGAGCCAUCUCUACGGCGAUACGCUGUACUAUGCGACGAGUCUCUUCGACCACUACGUGAACGGUCUGCCUUACAGCCGACCAGAGCCGUACUAUUUCUGGCUGUAUUAUUUUUUUAUGAACUUCAUCUGGAUUGUGGUUCCCUUCUACUACCUUUUCGACAGCAUCAGCACACUUUCGGCCGCUAUUCGGGCCCAGCAGGAGUCAGGCGCGACGCGUAAAGCCCAGUAG